ACAAGUCUACUUCAAGGUUCUCCCAAAUCAGAAUUACAUGUCUUAGUUGGACUACGCUUAAACAAGUCGAAUCAAUUCUCUAUCACCUCCAAAAGCAAAUUCAAUAAUGUCUUAUCUUCAUGAAGAAGAUUGAGACUGUUCCCUCUCAGCCAAGGAACUUAAAUUUUCUACAAGGGGUAGCGUGUAUUCUCAGGAAUUUCAUAUAAACACAAAGUACCUUCACAUGCGCAAAGCCAAGUUCUAUUAUUAAUAACGGUAAAAACAGUAGCUCUUUUUUGUUUUAAUCUUGAAGAAUUUAUUCCCUAAACACUAACUUUUACCCUUUGAAAAAACUUCAUGAAAGUAUUGGAGAGAUAGAAGAGAGUGAAAGAGAGAGUUCACAUCUACGGUUUCAAGCUCCUUUCUAGGUCAUGCACUUAUGUUACAUGCAUAGCGGUGCCUCACCAAUACUUCUUUGGUGUGCUUUCCAUUUAAGGUAACACACGCUAGCUCUUUCGAAAUUCAGUUCAGUUUGGUGACUCUUUUUCAACUCAAAAGAGCCACACACGUUAGCUCCUUGGUGUGCUUUCCAUUUUUUGGUCUACACCUUUUUAGUGUGCUGCAAGUGCAGAAGAGCUGUGUAUAAGAAGUAGAGUUUGUUCAAAUUUGAGUUUGUUGUUAACUUUUUAUGCUCCAUUUGAGUUCUGGAUUUGAGGUAAAUUCUAUAAGAGUUUGAUGUUUUGAGGGAAAGGGAGGUGAGAAUUGAAAUAUAUAAUGGCUGGGAAUGGAUCAGAAUGGUGGAGAUCAAGAUUGAUUGGAAUGGUUGCUUUGCUUGUUAUGGCUUCUAUGUAUGUUGUCAUAAAAGAAAGUUCGGAACACAAAGUUUCAAGUUACAAAGUGACUGAAGAGGUUGAAACUCAUUUUGUAAUGAAAGUAUCAGACUCCCCAGGCCACCAUAAUAAAUCAAGUCAUCCAUAUGUACAUAUUUGGCCACUUGAGAUAUAUGGACAGAAAAUGAAAUUUGGCUGGAAGAUAGUGGUGGGAGCAAUAAUUGGAUUCUUUGGGGCAGCGUUUGGGAGUGUGGGAGGAGUUGGUGGGGGUGGAAUUUUUGUUCCAAUGCUAACCUUGAUUAUUGGGUUUGAUCAGAAAUCAUCAACUGCUCUAUCAAAAUGUAUGAUCAUGGGGGGAGCAGCUGCAACAGUUUUCUACAAUUUAAGGCAAAGGCAUCCCACCCUUGACCUGCCCAUCAUUGACUAUAACUUGGCUCUUCUAUUUCAACCAAUGUUGGUGCUGGGAAUUAGUAUUGGAGUUUCUUUCAAUGUGAUUUUUGCUGAGUGGAUGAUCACAGUAUUGUUAAUUAUCAUCUUCAUAGUUAUGUCAACUAAGGCUUUCCUCAAGGGUGUUGAGACAUGGAAAAAGGAAACCAUAACUAAAAAGGAGGCUGCUCAACGCUUGCAAUCAAAUGGUAUUGGUAGUGCAGAUGUUGAACUCAGACCCCUACCUGAAGGCCAGAGCAAUGAUGCUCAUACAGAAACCAAGGACUCAAAAAAAUCAGAGGUCCAGGUUUCUAUUCUUGAGAACAUUUACUGGAAGGAACUUGGAAUUAUUGUUGCUGUCUGGGUCGUAGUCCUUGCAUUGCAGAUUGCCAAGAAUUACACAACAACUUGUUCAGUGCCAUAUUGGAUCUUAAACCUCUUGCAGAUCCCUGUGACAGUUGGAGCGACAUCAUAUGAGGCUGUUGGCCUGUACAAAGGGGGGAGAGUGAUUGCAUCAAGGGGAGAAGCAGGCACAAAUUUGCGACUACACCAGCUGGUUCUUUAUUGUGUCUGUGGCAUUGUAGCUGGAAUUAUUGGUGGGUUGCUAGGUCUUGGUGGAGGGUUCAUUUUGGGUCCACUGUUUCUGGAGCUGGGAAUCCCUCCUCAGGUGUCAAGUGCCACAGCCACAUUUGCCAUGGCAUUUUCCUCAUCCAUGUCUGUGGUGGAAUACUAUCUUCUAAAACGCUUCCCUCAUCCUUAUGCUCUCUACUUUUUUGCUGUGGCGAUCAUUGCUGCUCUCGUUGGACAAUAUGUGGUAACAAAAGUGAUUGCAAUGAUAGGGAGAGCAUCUUUGAUUAUCUUCAUUUUGGCUGUCACAAUUUUUAUAAGCGCAAUAUUACUAGGUGGGGUUGGCAUAGAUCGCAUGAUCAAAAAGAUUGAGCACAAGGACCACUUGGGAUUUUAUAGCCUCUGCAAAUAGACUUAAAACCUGUUACUUUUCAGCCUAACUCAAACUUUUUCUCAUACCAGGCAACCAGAUUCUUUGAAACCUGCAAAGAGCAAUAUAUCAGGCUUGUUACAGUAUAUAUAUCAAAUAAAAGCUCCACUCUUAGGCUUUGUAUUUUGUAGUUUAUAACUUUUAAUGGCAGUUGGUUUGUGGUACUCCUCUUUGCACCAAUUGAUCUGUACCUAAUUCAAGUAUGAAGGCAGGCACUGCUUCAACCUC